AUGACCAAUCACUCAUUCCCUGGUACUGUUCCUAAUCGAUAUCGAGAACUCAUGAGGGUUGUCUCCCGAAAAUGCUUCGGAUUUGGCCAUGACACUAGGGAGAAACCUGGCAAGGGUGAUCUGGCUUGGUUUUGCCCUUCGUGUCCUCAGCCUGGCAUCAACAUACCUGAUAACUGGCAAGACAAGUACGAAAGUUGGCUCAUUUCGCAAAGAUUCGUUGUGGAUGGAAACUUUACUGCUCAACAUAUGACUAUGAAAAAGCCACAGUUAGACAUUAGUCUUUCAGAUGGUCUUGGUUAUAUGGUGAAAGAGAGAGAAUAUCAGACUCAUCUCUCAUUGGCUGUCGAAAGUAAGGAGCGCUCUUCUUGUAGCAAUCACCGAGCAAUCAACACUGCAAAUAUCAGCAGGAGUAAUCUUCGAGCAACAGGGGUAGGAGCAACUGCCUGUGCCCGACAUGGAUGCUUUGUUCCACACAGCAUAGUUGAUUUUCAGAAGGGCGAAAGGUCUGUACAUCCUCCUAAACAGCAUGUUAACAAGUGA